CCUCCCCAGCCCUUCACCCACCCUCCUCCUCCUCAAACACAUUGUUCUGCGGCUGCCGGCGAGAAACCGGUUCCCUCCCGCUACUGCUGGUCAAACCGGCGGAGCCGCUGACAGACAGACAGACUGACAGACUGAUACGCCGUUUGACGGAGUGAUUGACAGGUAAAGCGACGGGCUAACAGAAACGCGCCCGCCCGGCGUGUCUCACCGGCGGCGCAUCUCUUUGUGCGCGUCCAACAGUUCGCAGAGGUGGAGACAAAGACAGAGGGCAGGCUGGCGAACCGACACGCGGACACGGAGACGCUAUGAGCGAAGGCACGCGCCAUGGGAGCGGAGGACGCGCGCUCAGGUAGCCCAGUGCUGAGGUGUGGCAGCUGGUGAUUGGUGGUUACCAUGGUGCCCAGGCCGUCGUCCGGGGAGCUAUGGGGGCUCCAUCUGAUGCCCCCGCGGAUCCUGGUGGACUGCUGCCUCCCCAAUGGGAUGAUGGUGAGCCUGGAGUGUCUCAGAGAAACUCCUCUCAUCAGCAUAAAGCAGCAGCUCUUCAUCGAGGCCAGGAAGUAUCCUCUCUACCACCUGCUGCAGGAGGAGUCAUGCUACAUCUUUGUGGGCGUGACCCAGGAGGCUGAGCGGGAGGAGUUUUACGAUGAGACGCGGAGGUUGUGCGACCUGCGACUGUUUCACCCCAUCCUGAAGGUCAUCGAGCCGCUGGGGAACCGAGAAGAGAAGAUCCUAAACCGAGAGAUCGGCUUCGCCAUUGGGAUGCCGGUGUGUGAGUUUGAGAUGAUGAAGGACCCAGAGGUUCAGGACUUCCGCCGCUCCAUACUGAGCGUGUGCAGAGAGGCCAUGGAGGAGAGAGAGGGGGGCGGGGCACACACCCAGGCGCUCUAUGUUUACCCCCCCAACGUGGAGUCCAGUCCUCAUCUGCCACAACAUAUCUAUAGCAAACUGGACAAAGGACGGCUCAUAGUGACCAUCUGGGUGAUUAUGUCUCCAUCAAACUCCAAGCAGAAAUACACUUUAAAGGUUAGCCAUGACAGUUUACCCGAACAGCUAAUCGCCGAGUCCAUCAGGAAGAAGAGCCGAUCAAUGCACCUGUCCCCUCAGCAGCUCCGCCUCUGCGUGCAGGAGUACCAGGGCCAGUACAUCCUUAAGGUGUGCGGCUGUGACGAGUACCUGUUGGAAAAUUUCCCCCUCAGUCAGUAUAAGUACAUCCGCUCUUGCAUCAUCGUCGGACGUCUUCCUCACCUAAUGCUCGUGUCCAAAGACAGCCUCUACUCUCAGCUUCCAGCCUCGGGUUUCGUCACUCCUUCCUACAGUCGGAGGACGCCCCAGCCGUCUCCCUGUCCAGGAGGAGGUGAUGGAUCUCCUCCUCGCUCCCUCUGGGCCUUUAACACUCUGCUCAGGGUGCGACUGCUCUGCGCCACCUACGUCAACGUCAACAUCCGGGACAUUGACAAGAUCUACGUGAGGACGGGUAUCUAUCAUGGAGGAGAGCCGCUGUGUGAAAACGUAAACACCCAGAGGGUUCCCUGCUCCAACCCCAGGUGGAACGAGUGGCUGACCUACGACAUUUACCUGGCCGAUCUUCCUCGUUCUGCAAGACUUUGCCUGUCCAUCUGCUCUGUGAAGGGAAGGAAAGGAGCCAAGGAGGAGCAUUGCCCUCUGGCCUGGGGGAACGUCAGUCUGUUUGACUACAUGGACAUCCUUGUCUCUGGGAAGGUGGCUCUGAGUCUCUGGCCCGUCCCUCACGGCCUUGAAGACCUGCUGAACCCCAUCGGAGUGGCCGGCUCAAACCCCAACAAGGAGACCCCCUGUGUGGAGCUGGAGUUCUCACGAUUCAACCAGACAGUCGUGUUUCCUGAUGAGCAGCAGAUUGAAGAACAUGCUAACUGGACCAUCAGCAGAGAGCUGGGCUACAACUACUGCCACGGACUGAGUAGCCGUCUGGCCUGCGACAGCAGCGUUUCAGCCGCUGAUGCAGAGCAGCUUCGCUCUCUUUGCUCCAGAGAUCCUCUGUAUGAGCUUUCAGAGCAGGAGAAAGACUUCCUCUGGAGACACAGACAUUAUUGUUUAAACAUCCCAGAGUCUCUGCCUAAGCUGCUUCUGUCAGUCAAAUGGAACUCCAGAGACGAAGUGUCGCAGAUGUAUUGUUUACUGAAGGAAUGGCCUCUGAUGGAGCCAGAGUCCGCUCUGGAGCUGCUGGACUGUAACUUUCCCGAUCCGAUAGUCCGAGAGUUUGCGCUGCGCUGUCUGGUGCAGGGCUUGACGGAUGACAAGUUGUCACAGUAUCUACUGCAGCUCGUUCAGGUGUUAAAAUACGAGAUGUACUUGGACAAUCCUCUGGCUCGAUUCCUCAUCAAGAAAGCUCUGACCAAUCAGAGGAUAGGACACUUCUUCUUCUGGCAUCUGAAGUCAGAAAUGCACAAUAAAACCAUUUCCAGAAGGUUUGGCCUUCUGCUGGAGGCUUUCUGCAGAGCCUGCGGCAUGUACCUGAAACACUUGAACAGACAGGUGGAGGCCAUGGAUAAACUGGUGAAUCUGACGGACACCCUGAAGCAGGAGAAGAAGGACGAGACUCAGAAGACUCAGAUGAAGUUCUUGGUUGAACACAUGUCACGUCCAGACUACAUGGAGUCUCUGCAAGGAUUUGUCUCUCCACUAAACCCAGUUCACCAGCUGGGAAACCUCAGGCUGGAGGAGUGCAGAAUCAUGUCCUCAGCAAAGCGCCCCCUAUGGCUAAACUGGGAGAAUCCUGACAUAAUGUCCGAGCUACUUUUCACCAACAAUGAGAUCAUCUUCAAGAACGGAGACGAUCUGCGUCAAGACAUGCUGACGCUCCAGAUCAUUAAGAUCAUGGAGAACAUCUGGCAAAACCAAGGCCUGGACCUGCGAAUGCUGCCGUACGGCUGCCUGUCCAUCGGUGACCGUGUGGGUCUCAUUGAGGUGGUGAAGAACAGCUACACCAUCAUGCAGAUUCAGUGCAAAGGAGGCCUGAAGGGGGCGCUGCAGUUCAACUCCAACACUCUUCACCAUUGGAUCAAAGACAAGAAUCACGGAGAGGCGUACGAUCGGGCCAUCGACCUGUUCACCAGAUCCUGUGCAGGUUAUUGCGUUGCCACAUUCAUCCUGGGAAUUGGAGACCGACACAACUCCAACAUCAUGGUGAAGGAGAACGGACAGCUGUUCCACAUCGACUUCGGUCACUUCCUAGAUCACAAGAAGAAGAAGUUUGGCUACAAAAGGGAGCGUGUGCCUUUCGUCCUGACUCAGGACUUUCUCAUCGUCAUCAGUAAAGGCAUUCAGGAGUCGACGAAGACAAAGGAGUUUGAGAGGUUCCAGGAGAUGUGCUACAAAGCUUACCUGGCCAUCCGACAGCACGCCAGCCUCUUCAUCAACCUCUUCUCCCUCAUGCUGGGAUGCGGCAUGCCUGAACUGCAGAGCUUUGAUGACAUUGCCUACCUUAGGAAGACCCUCGCAUUAGAAAAGAGCCAGCAGGAGGCGCUGGAGUACUUUACAAAACAGAUGAACGAUGCUCAUCACGGAGGAUGGAGCACCAAGAUGGACUGGAUCUUCCACACCAUCCGACACAUGCCCAACGAACACUGACACACAGAAAACACUGCACACACUGGAACACCAGACACACACCAUAACACAUGAGCACAUAGCAUAAAGCUCUUCAGACACACACAUCAGACAGUGAUAUAAAUCAUAUGAAUCCAAAUAUGCAACCCAUCAGACACAGGUAGCAAACACACACACACACACACACACACACACACACAGAUUUAUACAAACGCAAACAUCUAAAGCACACAUGUGCUUGUUUUCUGCACUAAUCUGGUGAUGAUAAGGAUGAUGAUGGAUUUGCUGAAUGCAAGUUGCUUGCAUCACCUCAUGAUGAUGUUGGGAGAGUUGCCAUAGAAACGCAAAUCUCUCAGGUGCAGAGGUCAGAGAGGUUUGUGAAGGUGCCAAAGGCAUGCAGAGGUAGAGAAAGUAACGGCGAUGAUGUCAACCAGUCUUCAACGUGAUGCAACAGUCAGCCAGCCGGCUCUGCUCCUGCAGCUGUAAACUGAGUGAGACUCUUUUAGCGUAGCAAACAUUUAAACAGAAUUUUAUGAACCAACUGCAGCUUUAUUGAUACGUGAGAGGGUGAACACUGUGGUCACUGUGAAAGCAAUAAAAAAAACCUCUGAUAACAAAUCAGUACUUUGAUGAUGACAAUCAAGGAGUUCUGACAGAGAAGAAGGCAAAGCCGAGUCCUGUGCCGUGAAGCAGCUUUGAUAAAGAAACUUUAAAUACAUCUGGCUGAACCAAAUCCAAACAUCAUAACGUCCGACAGAUUACAGGCCAUUAUUAAGCUGGCUUUUAUUUUGUCAAGUCAGCACAAAACCAAUGGAGCUGGAACUAGUGAACCAAUCAAAAUGAUGAAGAAACAUUUUACUCCGUUUCAUAAUUUCCAGAUGUCAAACUUUUUACCAGUAAACAUAAGUUAGGUCAAAGAUACUUGUUAGGAAUAGCCAGGCUCUAAAGUGUUUUAACCUACAUGAGUCCUGACACUUGAAAAGUCGUCAAGAACUAGCAAAAGCAUCGCUGGAAGAUGUGUUGAUCUCUAAUCCAAUAACCCAAUCUAGAAUUUCCAGAAUUAGUUACCAUGGUGAUAAACCCAGAUAAGAACCGGCUUACUUUACAACGCCACUAAUCCUGCUUCAUGGUGCAGGCCUCAGAUCGGCUGUGGGCGGAGUCAAAGUGGAGUUUGUAAACAUUUCAUACAUCAUAUCUAUGUUUAUUUAUCUGCUGCUUAAACAAGUAUUAUCCAUUUCUUGUUGACAUCUCUUUGAUCUCUUGGCAUGUGGAUUUACGUUGAUAAUUUAUAAGACGUAAGUUGACAUGUGUUAACAUUUUUUUAACGUACGCUCACACCUUACUACAAAAACAGCUAAAUUUGGAAUGAUUUACCACUUUUAUUGUACACUUCCAGCUAAAAUUGUGAGCGCUAAAAGUUCCUCUCAUAAAAGUUUACUUCUCAUAACGUCGGCUUGAUUUUCUCCUCAAAGAGACGAAAGAGUUCAGAGGUUUUACUGACAAGCACAUACAGCAAAGUACAAAAUAUCUCCCAAUGAGUAAAACGCCAAAUUAUUUCUCAGGUAAAUUCUGAAAUAACAGAUGAAAACUAACUCAUUAAAUCAUUUUACUAGGCCGUUACAUCGUCUUAUAUCUGGUGACACAUACUGCCUAGCCAAAUAAUUUGCUCACGUUGUUAUAGUGGCUCAAGGAGAAGAGAAACAAAUAUAAUCUGAGCAUAAAGUUAGUAAUUUAUUCCCAGACAAGAUGAUAAAUGGUGCGUUUUCUUUCUCCCCAUCUAUACAAGAUUACAGAUCAAUGCGACCCUUUGAUAAAGCCUUUUCAAACUCUCUCAUAUGUGAUGACCAAAGCUAAACAUGGUCAGAUGUACAAAUUUGAUUGCGACAUUUUCGGGCCAGUAGUUGUAUAUUUGAUAAAAGUGAAGCCCAGUUAUUCUUUUGUUUUGUUUUGUUUUUGUUUUGUUUUGCGACAAAUUCCCACUCAUCUCCGUCAACCUGCGGACCACCACCAAUAAAAUCUAUAAACCGGCCAAAUUUCUUAUUUGAAGAAAGAGGUAAAUAACUUCAUUUAACAACCAAAACCAUCAAGUUUUUUUUCAGAUUCUUGACAAUUUUACCUUCAUUAUGCAGUUUUAUUUAUUAAUUUUUGAUGUUCAAUAUUUUCUAAACGUCAUGCACAUCUUGCUUACUUCAAUGUUCAAACGUAUUAGGUUAUCACAUCACUGUGUUAGAGUGAAAAUGAUGAACAGAUCCAGCAGGAUUUGAAUUGCACUUGUUUUUUUUUUGUACAGAUGACUUUUGUUGUGAAUAAGCACUGUCUAAAUAAAGUUAAUUGAACUGA